AUGCCUUCACGCAAGCCCAGCAAAUAUGGAAAUAACAAGUUCCGGUCGAGCACGGCGUCAUUCAACCCGAAACGCGCAAAGACGGUAGAAUUCAAUUCGCUGCGUUCCACUGAGGCCACCUCCCAAGGUGAGAAAUUCGAGGCUAUCCGGCUGGCCAACAGCAUCGACGAGACCAUGGGCUUUUCUCGCUUUGAAGCCGGCGAAAAGAGAGCGGGAUGGUUGAUAAAUAUGCACAGCACCUCUGUCGAAGAUCCGAAUAUUCCUGGUGGUCGGGCCGGAGUGGACUUUUAUUUCCUAGAAGACGACGGCAACAGCUUCAAGGCUACAGUUGAAUAUGACCCAUACUUCCUUAUUGCCGUUAAGGGAGGACGAGAACAAGAGGUUGAGGAAUGGUGUCGGAGGAUACUUGAAGGUAUCAUUAAAGACGUCCGUAGGGUUGUGAGGGAAGACCUGCAGAUGCCCAAUCAUCUACUGGGGAACCGACGAACGUUUUUGCGCCUCAGUUUUGUGAACGUCAGCAAUUUGCUCGAAGCCCGAAAGCUGCUUAUGCCGAUUGCUGAGAAAAAUAAAAAGAACGUGACGGCUAUGGAUACAUAUGCUGAAAUGGCCAGGACUUCUGCCGGUUUCGAUCUUUUUGACGACGAACUUGAUGAAUCACGACCUAAUGCCGCCUUGAAUGCCAGCGAUUUCAUCAUUGAUAUCAGAGAAUAUGAUGUCCCAUAUCAUGUUAGAGUUUCUAUUGAUAAAGAUAUUCGAAUCGGAAAAUGGUAUAAUGUGGAAGCAAAACAUGGAGUUACCAAAUUGACCUGCAUAGAAGAGCGACUUCAGCGAGCCGAUCCUGUGGUUCUCGCUUUCGAUAUUGAGACAACCAAACUUCCCCUGAAAUUUCCAGACGCAGUAAUCGACCAGAUUAUGAUGAUUUCGUAUAUGAUUGACGGCAAUGGAUUUCUCAUCACCAACCGCGAAAUCGUCUCCGAAGACAUCAAUGACUUCGAAUAUACGCCUAAACCCGAAUAUAAUGGACCAUUUGUGAUUUUCAACGAACCUGAUGAACGUCAUGUUUUGGAACGCUUUUUCAGUCAUAUCAAAGAGGCGAAGCCUACGGUUAUUGCGACUUACAACGGUGACUUUUUCGAUUGGCCUUUUGUCGAAGCACGUGCAAGUGUCCUGGGCAUUGAUAUGUAUGCUGAAAUUGGCUUCAAGAAGAACAGCGAGGAUAUCUACCAAAGCGAUCAUUGCGCCCACAUGGACUGCUUUGCAUGGGUUAACAGAGACAGUUAUCUUCCACAGGGUAGCAGGGGUCUAAAAGCCGUCACUGUCGCAAAGUUGGGAUAUGACCCAGACGAACUGGAUCCGGAACUCAUGACUCGAUAUGCUAGAGAACGGCCGCAGACACUGGCUGAAUAUUCAGUAUCCGAUGCCGUUGCCACAUACUACCUAUAUAUGAAAUAUAUCCACCCUUUCAUCUUCUCGCUCUGCACCAUCAUUCCGCUGAACCCGGACGACGUCCUCCGAAAAGGCACAGGUACACUAUGUGAGAUGCUUCUCAUGGUUCAAGCAUACAAAGGGGAGAUCAUUCUCCCAAACAAGCAUAAAGAUCCACCAGAAUCUUUCUACGAAGGCCACCUUCUCGAUUCCGAGACCUAUGUCGGUGGGCACGUUGAAAGUAUUGAAGCUGGGGUCUUUCGCAGCGAUAUACCCGUCAAUUUUGUUGUAGACCCCAAGGCUAUUGAUGAGCUGUUACGUGAUCUUGAUGCAGCCUUGAAAUUCAGCAUCGUGGUGGAGGAGAAGAAGUCACUGGAAGACGUCACGAAUUACGAAGAAGUGAAGGCUCAGAUCACUGAACAAUUGGAAAGUUUGAAGACAACACCGAACCGCAGCGAACGACCACUGAUUUACCAUCUCGACGUUGCUUCAAUGUAUCCGAACAUUAUGACAACAAAUCGUUUACAACCAGACUCCAUGAAGCAGGAAUCUGACUGCGCAGCGUGUGACUUCAACCGGCCAGGCAAGACUUGUGACCGUCGACUUCCUUGGGCGUGGCGUGGUGAAUUCUUACCUGCCAAGCGAGACGAAUAUAACAUGAUCAGGCGAGCUGUCGAGAAUGAACGAUUUCCUGGAAAGACCAAAAACGCUCCGAUGCGCUACUUUAGAGACAUGCAAACUGAAGAACAAGCUGCCAUUAUCAAGAAAAGGCUGCAAGAAUACAGUAAGAAGAUCUAUCACAAAAUCCACGACAGCAAAACGAUAGAGAGGGAAGCAAUCAUAUGUCAACGAGAAAAUCCCUUCUACGUCAAUACUGUUCGUGACUUCCGUGACCGAAGAUACGAUUUCAAGGGAAAACAGAAGGUAUGGAAGGGCAAGACGGAAUCAUUGAAGGCUGCCGGUGCGUCUAAUGCCGAAAUUGACGAAGCUAAGAAGAUGAUCGUCCUGUUUGAUUCUCUUCAACUAGCGCACAAAGUCAUCUUGAACAGUUUCUAUGGCUAUGUCAUGCGCAAAGGUUCACGUUGGUACUCUAUGGAGAUGGCUGGUGUCACCUGUCUUACAGGCGCUCGCAUUAUCCAGAUGGCAAGAGAGUUAGUUGAACGCAUUGGACGGCCCCUGGAACUGGAUACAGAUGGUAUUUGGUGCAUGCUUCCGGCGACAUUUCCCGAAAACUUUGCGUUCACAUUGAAGAACGGGAAGAAAAUGGCAUUGUCAUAUCCCUGUGUGAUGCUGAAUCAUCUUGUUCACGGGCGUUUCACAAACCACCAAUACCAGACACUCGUCGAUCCCAAGACUUUCAAGUACGAAACGACGAGUGACAAUUCAAUCUUCUUCGAGGUCGAUGGACCAUAUAAAGCUAUGAUUCUUCCGGCGUCCAAGGAAGAAGACAAGAAUUUGAAGAAACGUUAUGCAGUUUUCAACGACGAUGGAUCUCUCGCGGAAUUAAAGGGUUUCGAGGUCAAACGUCGAGGUGAACUUAAACUUAUCAAGAUCUUCCAGACUCAGAUCUUCAAGUUCUUUUUAGACGGGAAAGACCUCGCAGAAACCUACCAAUCAGUUGCUCGCGUGGCGAAUAGAUGGCUUGACGUGCUUUAUGAGCAUGGCGCUACGUUGGCGGACGAGGAGCUCAUCGAUUUGAUUUGCGAGAACAGGAGCAUGUCCAAGACGGUCGAGGAGUACGGGACACAAAAAUCAACCUCUAUUACAACUGCCAAACGGUUAGCGGAAUUCCUUGGAGAGCAGAUGAUCAAGGAUAGAGGUCUUAAUUGUCGCUACAUUAUCUCAUCUAAACCGAGAAAUGCACCGGUUACGGAACGAGCCAUCCCUGUCACCAUUUUCUCUGCGGAAGAAAAUGUCAAAAGGUUCUUCUUGCGCAAGUGGCUCAAAGACGAUCCUAGUGACAUGGAUCCACGUUCUAUUAUCGACUGGGACUACUAUCUCGAGCGAUUGGGCUCAGUCAUUCAGAAACUAAUUACCAUCCCAGCAGCACUGCAAAAGCUCGGCAACCCUGUACCCAGAGUGCAACAUCCGGACUGGCUCCAGCGACGCAUCAACACCAGGGAUGACAAGUUCAAGCAGAAGAAGAUGACUGAUAUGUUUGAAAAGAAUCCACUUUCCGAAAAGUCCGCCAAUAUAUUAGAUCAUCGCGUUCCUCACAAUGCUGACAUUGAAGAUAUUUCAAUCCAAAUGGACAAGAAGAAGGUCUCUCCUUCAAGCAAGAUGGUACAGAAGCGGAAGUUACCAGAGGGUCCAUCGACAACAUCGCUUGAUCCGUAUGCUAGUCUACCAGCUGUCAUGCCAUCAAUCACCGAAGAUUACGAAGGCUUUAUCAAGUAUCAAAAGCAAAAGUGGAAGAUUCAGAAGCAAGCUCGGAUCCGCCGACGACAGCUUUUCGGAGAGAAAUCCAAAGCAUCAGACUCUCUAAGUCACUACUUUCGAAAUCAGGCGCAAAUGCUGUUUAUUAACACGUGGACAGUGUUGCAGCUGAAAGAGACUGACGUACCUGGAGAAGUACGAGCAUUCGUGCUAAUUGAUCGUAAAGUACACGCUCUCACCGUCAAAGUGCCCCGUCAACUUUUCAUCAACUUCAAGGAUGAUUCUCUACCGGAAGUUGAGCUUCCCAGUUGUGAGGUAGAGAAAGUCAACAACACUCUACCCAAUGGUCAUCCAUCGGUCCACCUGUUUAAGCUGACACUACCAGAAGAUGUUUAUUUAGCAGAGUCCGAAAAGAUGGCCGUCUUGCUCAAUCAUCCCAGUGUCGAAGGUGUCUACGAACGCAACGUUCCCCUCACCCUGCGCGCUGUUAUGAAACUCGGUAGUACGUGUACUUUCGACGAAAGCCAACGAGGCGUACUGGGCGAUGGUCUGGAUCGCGGUUUUGACCUGUCAUCAUUAUUGCAUACCACUACUGAGAACCCAUACCUAGAAGGAAUAUCUUUAACCUACUACUACUUGUAUCAUGUUACGUCUGGUGAUCGCCACGUUUUUGCCCUGUUCUCGACUGGCAAGAGCGAGGCAAAUAUAAUCAUCUUAAACCGCAACCGUGACAUGUCAAGUUUACCCAACAUCGACAAAAUGUACAUGGAACUCCUUGGACGGAAAGUCGCUGCUGAAUCCGAAACUUCCACAAUGGCAUUUGAUUAUCAGGAGAAAAUACAUUUCAAAACCACUCAAGUGACUACUUACCGCAAAGCCAUUCUAGAAGUGGGUGACUUGGUGAAGAAGUUACGGAACGAAGAGAAUCAACCUGUGGUAUUUGUCAUGCAGUCGCAACAAAGGCGGAAGCUGUGCCAUGAUAUUCCCAUUUUAAAGGACUAUCCCAUGCUAUCUGUCAAGGCGGAAGUUUCGGACACGGAUAUGCCUCCUCUAGGAUGGCAGUCCUUCAUUGCAAAGCGAUUGCUGACACAUUAUCUCUACUUGGGUUCAUGGAUUCAGCACCUUAAAAUGCUCGCCCGUUAUGGAGACGUCCCUGUUUGCAACUUGGAGAGUGAUGACCCCCGGUACUUGAUAGACGUCUCGUAUGCGAGACGGCUUGAAAAGAGUAACGUGGUGCUGUGGUGGUCAUCAGGGCCCCGACCAGAUCAUGCUGGGUAUGAGAAAGACGACGUCUUGGGUUCUCUUGACACAGUGGACAUGCCUUCUAUCAACGUACCGGGUACUUAUACAACGGUUUCGAUUGAACUUGAAGUACGAAACCUGGCGAUAAACACAAUCCUCACAUCCUCAAUCAUCAAUGAUUUAGAAGGCAGUGAUACACUUCUCGCCUCUACUAAAGAGUCGGCCGAUGGUGUGCUCUAUUCAGAGAAAGCCUUUGCAUCAGCAGGAGUUUUUGUUCUACGAGAAAUGGUCAAACAGUGGUGGUCAGAGGCGUGUACAGGUAAAACCAUGGCGGACAUCAUGGUUCAACAUUUGGUUCGGUGGGUGGAAAGUCCCAGUUCAUGCCUCUACGAUCGGUCUUUGCACUAUUAUGUCCGAAUGAUGUCUCGAAAGUCAUUUCAACAGUUGAUGGGAGACUUUCGCCGUGUAGGCUCAAAUGUUAUCUUUGCUAGCCCGACACGGUUGCUGUUGCAAACGACCAAGCAAGAAGUUGGAACCGCUUAUGCUUACAGCCAAUACAUCCUAAAGUCAAUCAGAGCCAACCCGGUCUUCCAUUUCAUCGACUUGGAACUCAAGGAGUAUUGGGACUUUUUGGUGUGGUAUGAUGAAUUCAACUACGGAGGCAAGGGUUGUCAGGAGGUUGUGGAAGCAGAAUCUCAACAACUAAAUACUGUUAUGCAUUGGCAAAUGAACAGAUUCUUGCCAGUCCCUAUGCAACAGGUCUUCAAUGACUGGGUUAUCGAAUACAUCGACUUAAUGCAUGGCCUUAAACGAGGAAAUGAGGAAUCCGAAAAUAGCUCCACGCCGCGCCUUACCCAGAUUCCCAAAUCUCUGACCGAAACAACGGACGACGAAGUGACUAAUUUCCUAACCGAUAAAUUCUCCAAACCUCUUAAGAAACAGAUUGUCGGCCUGAUUCGUCGACAACGAGAUGAACUUCUCCAUCCUGAGCUCGCGUCAGACUACGUCUUUCCCAUACUACCGGGUGCCUUAGUCGAUCCAAACACAGAGAAUCGCAAUGCCGUGCUGGAAUUGGUGAAGGCACUGAUGCAAGUUCUCAGUCUGUCCAAGACCACGACGUUAGAGACACGUCUUUUACGGCGCGAGCUCCUGGCCUUAUUUGAAGUCCGUGAGUUUAGCAAAGAGGGCCGUUUCGAGAAUCCGAGUGCCAGCCUGAAGUUGCCAGAGUUGACGUGUAGUGCUUGCUGUCUGAUUCGUGACUUGGAUCUUUGCCGAGAUGAGGAUAUUCUUCCUGAUCUAGGCAGCGAUGGUAAAAAGACAGCACCCAAAGCGUGGCGCUGUCCCUUUUGUCAAACGGAAUAUGAUCGCUUGGCUCAGGAGGAGAGACUCGUUGGAGAAGUGCAUGGUAUGAUAGUCUCCUGGCAGGCGCAGGAUCUGAAAUGCUCCAAAUGCAACAGCCUCAAGGUCAACGCUUUCAUGGAACAUUGUUCCUGUAGCGGCAAGUGGACAACAACUUUGGACAGGAACGAGAUUCAGAAAAAGCUCCGUGUUAUGCUUAGCGUGGCCAAAUUCCAUGACUUGAAGCUUCUUGAGGGGGUAUCAGAAGAGGUUCUCCAAAGAAUGUGAUUGUCUGCCCACGUCUAUUGUGACGCAGAGAGAUACCAUCUAUUAAUGACUUUGUUUUUUGACUUCUCAGAGCGCCGCUGCAUAUUACAGCGUUGACGGGAGAAAAUGAUCCAUGUAUUGUCUAUAUACCACUUACGUGUGGGCAAUAGGUCUGUCUGCUUAUCCAGAUAAUGAUAUUCGUUGAUACAUCUACAUA